CCCAAGUGUUUACGGCGAGUGUGGGACGACGUGAGCGUAUUAGUUGGCUGAUAGCGAUUACACAGUUAGGCGCACAUUGCAAAGGUGCUCGGGACGAACAGGCGAACGGACGCGUAAAACGGAACGGAAACGGUCGUCCAUACGUCAAAAAAAAGGUGCUAGGCAAACGUUGAAAGCGGACGGUCGAAAAGCCAGUGUGGGUUGGUAAUCAAUUCAGAAACACGACGACGAGCAGGAAAAAAUCACAAAAUAAGUAGCAGAAAAUCAGAAGAGCAAAUACCAGUUGGAUUGCUGUUGAGAAGUUAGGAACAAUCGUGUAAAACCGUAACCAAACUUAAUUUACUACUGGCCGAGAAAAAUUCUAUUUGUUUCGAUUUCGUUUACAGCUACGGUGAUUAAAUUAAAAAGUUCCGGCAAAAGCCGGUGGCAAAACGCAAAAAAUCUGUGAAAAAUUGUAAGACUGUAGACAAGGGCUUCGAAUAACAUUCAAAGCAAAUUCUUGAAAUAAAUUGCAGAGUUUCAAGUCCUUGAAAAGUGUAAUAAUUAAAGUCUAUUAGUCACAUCAAAUAACUAUGACGGCAUUUGGCUUAUUCCUCUUAUCAAUGUGGGGUUUCGGGCAGCAGAUGCCGGCGACACAAACGCAAAUAAUAUCACGCGCCAACUGGGGUGCACGUCCGUCAACGCUCGUCGAACACUUUAACGGCCCAGCGCCAUAUGUCAUCAUCCAUCAUUCGUAUAUGCCCAGCGCCUGUUACACGCGCGCCGAUUGCAUCAAGGCGAUGCGCUCCAUGCAGGACUACCAUCAGCUGCAGCGUGGCUGGAAUGACAUUGGCUAUAGUUUUGCGAUCGGGGGCGAUGGCAUGAUUUAUGUUGGACGUGGUUUCAACGUGAUUGGCGCGCAUGCGCCCAAAUACAAUGACCGUAGUGUUGGCAUCUGCAUGAUUGGCGAUUGGCGUACUGAGCUGCCACCACCACAAAUGCUUGCAGCGGCCAAAUCACUGAUUGAAUUCGGCAUGGCCAAGGGUUAUAUCGAUGCCGAAUAUAAAUUACUCGCGCAUAGGCAAGUGCGUGACACCGAAUGUCCGGGCCAGCGACUGUACGAAGAGAUUACGACGUGGCCACAUUUUGCACUCAAGCCCCAGGCUACGGAGAAUGACAUUGCCAAGUAAGCACCAGAAGUAGAGAGCGGGCUCUCUUCACACACAAUACCAAUUACGUCGAUCAAUGCUUAGCAACCGUCGGCCGGUUGCACCACCAAAGAGUUCGCUAUUAAUUAUAAAUUUUAUUUUAAGUAGACAACUGUUGUUCAAAGCAUAGCAAAUUCACCUAACGGUUUCUCAAACUAUUGUAUUAAGUCUUAAAGCAAAAAUAAAAAAUAAUAUUAGAAAACAA